AUGAUGGUUGAAGUGAGAAUAGAACGAGACCAAGUAGAAUCAGGUGAUUGGUACGAUGAGCCGACAAUAGAUCAUGAGAUUGGUCCUGACCACCCCUUAGCUGGAGAUGGAGAAGUUAUCAACAUUACAGCAAUAUCACUAGAGGAACGCAUUGCGCAAAUCAAUGCAACAUGGCCUCACAAUGGAGCAGCCAAUGAAGAAAGAAUCAACUUAAUUCGGGAAGCCAUCGACCAGCACUUUACACUUCUACAGGAUCAGUUUGACGACCUGUACAAUCCAGUGGCGCAUGCGCAUCUUAGGUCGGCUAUUAUGGAUGAAAUUAAUUAA